GUUUCAGGGGGAACACAACAACGGCGCACACAACGUGAAGGACUUCAAAAUUGUUCAGCUGUCACUGAGUGCAGCUCAUUGUUCCUGCUCCCUCAUUUGCACUUGAAUGCAAGUAUACAAUGAAGCGCCUCGCUACUUUGCAGUCGUGACAUCUACUAAAAGUUGUUCAUGACAGCUCAACAGACAAGAUGAUGUCCACCAGACUACUGACACUGCUUGAGCCGCAUGCAUUGAAGAGGGGUCUACCACAGAUCUGCGCUGCCCAUCUUUCAAGUCUCAGAAGGCAGCAUGAAAACAUCGCCACAGCCUUCUGUCAGCCUGGAUCCUGCUUUAACAAAAGUGACGAUCACAAACAGAGAAUAUGGCCCCCUUUGCUGGCAGGUCACAACUGUGGCAGAAGGUUUUUUAGCCUCACUCCUGCUGGGAUUGUGAACGCAGCUCCGGCGUCCGUUCAGCCGUACCUCAGAUUGAUGAGGCUGGACAAACCCAUAGGAACGUGGCUGCUGUAUCUGCCUUGUACGUGGAGUAUUGGGUUGGCGGCAGAUCCAGGAUGCAUUCCUGAUCUGCGCAUGCUUGUGCUCUUCGGUGUGGGAGCAUUGCUUAUGAGAGGAGCAGGAUGCACUAUCAAUGACAUGUGGGAUAAAGACUUUGACGUGAAGGUGUCAAGGACAGCCACUCGGCCCAUUGCAUCAGGGGAGAUCACACCGUUUCAGGCUCUGGUUUUCCUUGGAGGCCAACUGAGUUUAGCACUGGGGGUUCUGCUCUGCCUCAAUUACUACAGCAUAGCUCUUGGAGCCGCCUCUUUGUCGCUAGUGGUCACAUACCCUCUCAUGAAGAGAAUCACAUACUGGCCACAGUUUGUUUUAGGUCUCACUUUUAAUUGGGGUGCUCUUCUGGGUUGGUCUGCUGUGAAGGGAUCAUGUGACUGGUCGGUGUGUUUACCUCUCUAUGUAUCUGGUGUCAUGUGGACAUUGAUUUAUGACACAAUCUAUGCCCAUCAGGACAAAGAUGAUGAUUUAAAAGUGGGUGUGAAGUCUACAGCUCUGAGGUUUCAGGAGAACACCAAACUGUGGCUGAGUGGCUUCACUGGGGCGAUGCUGUCAGGGCUGGUUCUAGCAGGAGCUAAUGCGGACCAGACUUUGCCCUACUAUUGUGCAGUGUCUGCAGUAGCCAUUCAUCUAGCACAUCAGAUCUACGCUGUGGACAUCAACAGUCCUGAGGACUGCUGGAAAAAGUUUGCUUCAAACCGAAACCUUGGACUGCUUUUAUUUUUAGGAAUAGUGACUGGAAACUUAUGGAAAAAGAGAAAUGUUCAUCAGUGUGAAACGCAACUUAACUCCAUUUCAAAUUAGAAUGCAUGCUGAUU